UCCUUCCUGAAACUCUUCUCACUGAGGGACAGUCUUUGUAUGUGGGCCUUUGAACCCGCUUUCAGAAAAAGAAGACGGUCUUAUAACGCGAGAGGGCCUUGAUAUUAUGGCCUCUCAAGCUAAUAGUAGAGGGAUGGUCCUCAGGAACAGACGGGCACAUUGCUGGUAACAGUCAACGAUCCAGUUUACUCCAGGCAACAUCAUCAAGCUUUGGGUAUUUUAUUCCUCAAGACUCCUCUUUUGGAAAUUUCAUCUUGCCAGUUCUGCCACGGCUUGAACCAAAAUGAAAGGCUGUGUGUCUGUUAUGAGGAAGAAGUGAUGCUCAUUUGAAGUGCAUGUUUGUAAUAACAGACUCGUAUUCUUAUAAUAGUGUGACAUAAAUUGCCUGUCAAAAUGAUGAAACUGAAGGAGCUAGAAUCUUGGCUCCAAGACAUUACUGGGUUUGAAAAUCCAAAGGUAAAACUAGAGCAGUAUGAAACACCAGCUCACAUUGCUGCACGGAUGGUUCAUACGAUGGAAUCUUCAUUUGGAGAUCUGCAGGGGAAGGUUGUAGCUGAUCUGGGAUGUGGGUGUGGAAUGCUGGCAGUUGGAACAGUCAUGAUGGGUGCCUCAGUCACUUUUGGCUUUGACAUUGAUAGUGACGCUCUUCAGAUCUGCCAAGAAAAUCUAGAGGAAUUAGAGGUCCCGUCCAUAGAGCUAAUACAAACCGAUGUCAAGUUAUUAGGCGGAGAUCAAUCAAAAUUCCACAAGUUUUUUGACACCGUUGUCUUGAACCCACCCUUUGGCACCAAACACAAUCAUGGAUCAGACAUGGAAUUUCUCAAAGUGGCUUUAGACAUCUCCAAAACAGCAGUGUACAGCCUACAUAAGACUGCCACAAGAAGCCACAUAACAAAGAAAGCAGCUGACUGGGGUGUUAAGAUGCAGGUUUUGGCUCAACUACGUUACGAUCUCCCAAGUACCUACAAGUUCCACAAGAAGAAGUCAAUUGAUAUUGAAGUUGAUUUUAUUAGAUUCUCUCAUAAAUAGAUCCAUUGUUGACAUAGGUACAUAUUUUUUACUAUGUUAAAUAAAUAAAAUUAAGGGAGAAAUUGAGGGAGAAUUCAGAUUGUAAGUGUACUGGUAAUUAUACACAAUUUAUAUUUGUUUUAGUCUUUUGUAGUUAAAGCAACCUCAGCAUGUCAAGUUUUUGGACAUAAUAUAUAAUGAAGAGACAAAGAUUGUCAAUUUUAAGGAUGAGUUAUUAGUUGUAAGAAGAUUCUACAAAGAAAAGGGUUCCAUAAUAGCAGAAGUUACACCAAAUGAAACGUUUGAACUAUAGCUGGUUGAAAGAAUUAUAAGACCUUUGAUGGAUUGAAAAUGAAUUGCUUGAAGGAAAGAAACUCAACUUCAUUAUUAUAAUUUAAAAUGAUAUACAACUUAUCAAGUGUUUUUGACUUUUAUAUUUUAAAGUUUAGUAAAAUUUGUUAAAGUUUAAUAAUACAUUUUAUUUUUUACAAAAGCACAUACAAAGCAACACAUAUUGUCAAACAAAUGAAAAGAAAAAAAAGAGCUUAAUUAAUUAUAAGUCAUUGAUAGUUAUUAAUCAUAUUAAUGCCAUACAACAGUUAUCAGCCAACAUAAGGAUGUUUUGUUUAUACAGACUUGAUGAAGCAGACUGAGAAAUAUCAUGUACCAUGUCCUAUCUUUUAGCAGCAAUAAAUUAUCAACUUAUGGUUCAGCACUAUGGGAAAAUGAAGUAUAAAAAUUCUUUGAAUGCUAAUAUCUCAAAAGCAUGAUUUCUUAUGCAUAUCAUUCUGGCCCAAACAGUCUCAUCUCAAAUGUAAUCUUUGCUAGCUUGCAUAUUUUAAAUAUCAGAAGAAAGAAAAAUUACAUUCAUCUUGAAAGACUCAUAGGUUCAUUGGUUUCUAAAAAGGUUAUCAUAUUUUUGUUUGAUUUAUAUUUCUAAACAUAUAAUUUAGGGCAAGUAAAUAUCAUUCUUUAACUUUAUAUCUUUACUGAAAUUCAAAUAACUUGCCUGAAUUUACUUCAUAAGUAUACCUUCUAUAAAAGAGUUGUGUUUAAAUGACUCAAACUCUGGCAAAUCUAAUCUUAUUUAAUGUCUUUAACUGAACAAUUAAUGGUGAUAAUACAAAUCAUAGUAGCAAAACACACAACAAUAAUGACAGUGAAUAAUAAUAGAGAGUACUACUUAUCAUUGCUGCAGGUCUACAUAAAAAAAAAAAAAAAAAAAAAAAAGUUUUGUAGAAGAAAAAAAUGCCCAAUAGUGGUAAGCAUUUCACACCAAUCUCGUACUUAAUUACAGAUCUUUGUAAUAUUGCACCAAGGGGAGAUAAA